AUGGGAGAGAUUUGCGGAGUUUGUGCACAGAACGAGUCCAAGUACAAGUGUCCAUCUUGUCAAUUGCGAUACUGCUCCAUCGCAUGCUUCAAACAACACAAAGAGACUCACGCCAACGACCCACCGAAACAGCAACCGACUCAGUCGACCCAGCCCACGCAACCUGCUCCUUCCAAUUCAUCCCAGGCACCUGCCCCAAGAAGUGCGCUACCUGGAAGUAGCAAGAAAACCGACUUUGCCGGCUUCGAAUCCGACCCUGAACUUUUGCGACUGCUUUACAGAUACCCAAAUCUGCGCAUCCAAUUACAAAGUGUCUAUGGCUUGACGCUGGAACCUACUCCUCAGGAGCAACGUUCAUUCUCUUCCAGAGGUCGAGGUCGAGGCAGGGGAAGAGGUGGAUUUCAUCACCAAUCACACUGGUCACAAGCAAAGGGCGACAAGGAGGCCAUAGAGUCUUUCAAAAACAUGAGGAAUGCUGAGGGUGAUGAUCAAGCUCUGGCUGAGUUUGUUAAGUUGCUCAAGAUGAGGUUUGCUCCGGACACUGAUGACAAUGCGCCUUGA